GGUAGCCAUAAAGAUGUUCUUAGGGAUCUGCUGGUGGAUGGAUCCAUGCAUAGCAUAAUUGUAACUGCUAGAAAUCAUCAUCCUCUUAAAAUAACCUUGGCUUUUGUAUGCAUAUACUACAAGGAGACAAGUACACCUAAAAAUGAGACGACGAACACACUACUCAAUCAUAAGAUUGACAACCACAACACUUCUUUUGUGUUCCAUGGAAGCUGCACUUUCUCCGCAAAAAAACAAAAAACAUUACACUUCAAAAUGUACUUUCGAUUCUUUUUCGGGUCGCAACGUGGAUGUGUAAGGUUUGGUAUAUGGAAACCAUGGUUGUGACUUGUGAAACAAUCUUAUAUUUUUUAGUCAAUCUUGCGCGCUACUCGUGAUCAGCACUUUGAAUCUGGUUCCCCCCUCUAUGCAUGCCAACUUCAUUUAUUUGUCAGAUACCUUGUCUAAUGGGGAAACAUUCCUUGCUUGCUGUGGCAUCAAUCAACUAUGCAAUAUGCAGAAUCUCGUUACCUCAACUACAAUCACUUUCAGGCCUAAGUAUAAAUUGAACAGAAAGAGCUGCUUUGCUAAAAAAAAGUGCAAAACAUGGCAGAAGAACUGAGCCAGUCUCUGGAAUAUACACCAACAUGGAUUGUCGCGGUUGUUUGCUCCAUCAUUGUUUUCAUCUCUCUUUGUGUUGAGCGUGCUAUUCACCGCCUGGGAAAGUACCUAAAGAAAAAAGAUCAGACUGCAUUGUAUGAAGCCUUACAAAAAUUGGAAGAAGAAUUGAUGCUUUUAGGGUUCAUUUCCCUCCUAUUAACCGUAUUUCAAGGUCUAAUAAGUCAUAUUUGCAUUUCACCAAAUCUUGCAACCCAAAUGCUUCCUUGCAAGAUACCUCAUGGGUCUUCAGAAGCUUCAGAGCAUGAUCAGAUAUACUACGAUGCUAUAAUAAACAGACGAAGGCUUUUUUCAACAGACACCGGUUCAGAGCAUUGUAGGCAGAAGGGGAAGAUUCCAUUGCUAUCACUGGAAUCAUUACAUCAUCUUCACAUUUUUAUCUUUGUAUUAGCUGUUGUACACGCAGCAUUCUGUGUCAUCACAAUGGUUCUUGGAGGUGCAAGGAUCCGGCAAUGGAAGAAGUGGGAGAAUUUUAAUAGGAAGGAGUACAUAAGUUCAAAUAAAGAGUACCAUGAGUUCUUCAAUAUACAUACUGAUGGACAUUGGAGAAGAGCAGCUGUUGUUAGUUGGCUGAGAUCAUUCUUCAAGCAAUUUUUUGGCUCUGUUACGAAGAAUGACUACCUUGCACUGCGAUACGGAUUUGUCCAGCAACACCACCCAAACGUUCCGGAGUAUGAUUUUUAUGAUUACAUGCAGCGGACACUUGAAGUUGAUUUCAAAAAAGUUGUAGGCAUAAGCUGGUACCUGUGGCUCUUUGUUGUGCUGUUUUUGCUGUUGAAUCUUGAAGGAUGGCACACUUAUUUCUGGUUAGCCUUUUUACCAUUGAUACUUCUACUUCUUGUGGGGGCAAAGUUGGAGCACAUAAUCGCUCGUUUGGCUCAGGAAUCAAUUGAUAUGAUGGGAAAGAAAGGUACCAAACAUAAACAAGUGAAGCCAUCAGAUGAAUACUUUUGGUUUGCUCGCCCAGCUCUAGUCCUUGACUUACUUCACUUCAUUUUGUUUCAAAACUCUUUUGAGCUUGCAUUUUUCUUCUGGAUUUGGUGUACUUAUGGAUUUGAUUCAUGCAUUAUGGAGAAAAUAUCCUACAUAAUCCCAAGACUUAUAAUAGGUGUAAUUGUUCAAGUGCUUUGCAGUUACAGCACCUUGCCUUUGUACACUCUCGUGACUCAGAUGGGUAGCAAAAUCAAGGCUGAUAAGGUGUAUGAAUCUCCAUUGAUGGGGCCUGAAGGUGGCUCCUCCAAUUCAAGGCGGUCCAACCGCAUGAUCAAAGAAUCAAACCAAUGUGCUCAAAUUGAUGAACAAGCAAUAAUCAUGGUGGAAGAUGCAACAUCUAUAAUUGAGCUUCCCCACAUUGUCCAAUCUCCGUAUGAGAGACCUAAUGCAUCCAAUAUUCACUAACAUGAAUUCAUCUUGAUUGUAGGAAAACUUGAAAACUGCCAAUAUAACAUUACUAAUUGGUUUUAAUUAUGAUUUUUAUUAUUAAAAGAAUACAAUACUUUGGUUCUGUUUUCUUAUUAACAUGAAUUCAUCAUGAUUGUAAAGGGCAGACGCAAAUUGUUCUCGAGUAAAUAGU